AUGAGUGUGAGUGAACAAUCAAAGAGCAGAGUGUCCAUUGCUUUGUCGAGAGUUACUAGGGAGUUUUGUAACAAAACAUCAAUACACGGUCUAAAGUACAUCACUGAGCCAAACCGCACCUUUGGUGAAAGGACCUACUGGAUAGUAGCGACCAUGCUGGUGCUUGUGUUUGCCUUACUCUUGAUGAUCAGUUUCUUUGGUGACAUCAUCAACACUCCCACCAGGGAGAGCAUUCUACCUCACCAGUACCCAACGUGGCUUCUGCCAUUCCCUGCGAUAACAUUCUGCAACUCCAACCUCAUCUUCCUUUCCAAAGCCAUGGACUUCAUAAAAUCCAUGCUGGGUGGAGUGCCUGAAGAUGUAAACUUUGAUGACUUAGUACAAGACACCAAGAUGUUUCUCUAUGUGAUGGGCUACAACAAGGAUUCUCCCAUGAAUAUCUCAACUCAGAGACUUUUCCGUCUACAACAUCUUCUAGACAUCCACAACAAGUCUUUUGAGGAAGCUAUGUAUCAGUUGAGUCAGCCUUGCUCUGAAAUGCUGGUUUCUUGCACGAUCAGAGGCCAGUUUGCAGAUUGCCUGCAGAUCUUUGAAACAUCAAAGAGUCAUUUUGGCUUCUGUUGUUCCUUUAAUUAUCAGAUGUCGUCACAGGACAACUCCCCUUUCAUACAUGUGCGAGCCAGUCGCGCUCGCCGAAACGCUUUUAAUCAGCUGGAUGCGUUCUCAGCUGGUCCAGAGAGAGGAGUUAGUGUUACAAUGCAACCAGCUGUUAAUGACUACUUUGCAUCCACAGACCACAGCGCAGGGAUCAAGGUCUUGGUUCACAACUACAUAGACUACCCCAGUGGACUGGAGGUUCGUAGUACGCUGGACGUUGGUCGAGAGACUUUUGUCAGUAUCACACCAAAAUCUCGAUUCGGCUUUGAGGAAUUACGAGAGCUGUCGCCUACAUUACGCAAAUGCUUCUUCCACGACGAGAUCAAACUCAAGUACUUUGCCUACUACAGCUUCAAGAACUGUCUGAUAGAAGCUCGCAUGGACUCCGUUAUUGAGACUUGCAACUGUUUGCCUUUCAACUAUCCAAAACUGAAUAAUGUAAAAACGUGUUCACUUGGAGACCACAUCUGCUUGAAGAAAUUCACGAAUGACUGGGACAAUAAGUCGGAUAGUACCAUAACAGUGAUGAUACAAGGCUCUCACAUAGACUGCCUGGAGGAAUGUACCUACUUCAGUUACGAUAUCUCAUCAACAACGGGAGAUCUAGAGGCACCUCAGUUCAACGGAAUCACCAGUGGCACAAGAAAUGCCUCAAAGAAUGAAGUGGUUGUCCAUCUUUUCUACGACGACCACAUCACAUCGCGACAUCAACGGCAAACAUCUUACGCUCAACAGCACCAGUUGGCAAUGGUAGGAGGAAUAUUCGGACUGGUGUUAGGUUGCAGCGUCAUCAGUAUUAUUGAGAUGAUAUAUUUCUACACCAUCAGGUUCCUACAAUAUCUACGCUCUAGCACUCUACCGCAUCCUGCCCUAGAGGAAACUGUGAGUCCGCAGAAAAUAGUGAAACCUCCUACAUUAGUCAGACCAUACAGACCCACAACAGGAAACAAUGUACCUGCUACAACGGACUUCAUCUUGUAG